AGUGUCAAAAAACAUCUGACAUUUCACACAAAAACAGUUGUUUUGUUAGAAAAAAAUCUGCCUUCUUGUUGUUGAAUUUAUUUUUAUUUAUUAUUAAAAAAAACAUUAAUUUUUAAUAUCAUUUCUAAACAUGGAAGAAACUUUGGAAUUUCGUGAUUUUAAUUUUAUAAAAAACUUUAAAUUUGACGAUGAAAAAGUUUCGACAGUGACUUCAAGGGAACAGCAAAAAACGGAAAAUUCUAUAGAGAAAUAUUUCGAUAGAUUUCAACAAAUAGGUAUGCUGGAUAAACAUAUAACACGCUAUUAUAGGGAAGAACAUCAAAGAUUUCUGGAAAGUAUGUUACAUCGUUUGCCGGGCAACUAUGAGUGCUUGGAUAGCAGUCGACCCUGGUGUAUAUAUUGGAUUUUACAAGCAGGUCAUGUAUUGAAUUUUACAUUUUCACCCGAAACCCUAGAACAAGUAGUACAAUUUUUAGUCAAAUGUCGUCAUCCUCAGGGAGGUUUUGCGGGAGGUCCGGGUCAAUAUCCUCACUUGGCUCCUACAUAUGCAGCUGUCAAUAGUUUAGCCAUGAUAGGCACACCCAGUGCGUUUCGUGCCAUUGAUAGGGAUUCCUUGGAGCGUUUUCUUUUUGCUGUGCGAGAACCAGAUGGUUCUUUUCGAUUACAUGUUGAUGGUGAAUGUGAUGUGCGGGGAGCUUACUGUGCUGUGUCUGUGGCUAAACUUACAAAUAUGCCGCAGAGUACGUUAAGUAAACUAUUUGAUAAGACUGGGGAUUGGAUUGCCAGCUGCCAAACCUAUGAGGGCGGUUUUGGUGGUGCUCCCGAUCUAGAGGCUCAUGGUGGUUAUACCUUCUGUGGCAUAGCUGCUUUGGCUUUGCUUAACGAAGGCCAUAAAUGUGAUCAAGAACAGUUAUUGAAAUGGACUCUACAACGUCAAAUGGCCUAUGAAGGAGGUUUUCAGGGACGUACCAAUAAACUGGUGGAUGGUUGCUAUUCCUUUUGGGUGGGUGCCACUAUACCUAUAACACAAGCCAUCAUGGCCAAUGAUGGCAAACCUAUUUCAAAAUCCCUGUUCGAUGUAGGAGCUCUGCAGGAAUACAUCUUGUUAUGCUGCCAAAAACCCAAUGGUGGACUCAUUGACAAGCCGGGCAAACCCCAAGAUCUAUAUCACACUUGCUAUACUUUAAGCGGUGUAGCCAUAGCUCAACAUUCGGAAUCAGCUUUAAAUCCUGCCAUAUUGGGUGAUCCCAUUAAUGAACUUAUGCCCACCCAUCCGCUUUUCAAUGUUUCUCCCUUGGCGGUGGCUCAUAGUACCCAUUUUUAUGAACAACUAAAUAAAUUACGUUCCUGUACACAAUUUGAUAAUUCUCUGGAUGAUGAGGAUAUAAGUGAAGAUCCGGUAGAAGAAAAUCCUUCUUCAGUUAGUUCUACUACUUCAAAUUAAUUUCAUAUUUUAAUUCGAUUUUCCAACUUAAGCAAAUUUAGAACAAAGUUAAUGGUCAGAGAGAAGAAAUAAUUUUUAACUGUAUUUUAUAUACUGCAUAAUUUUUGGUAGUUUUUGAACUGGUGUAUUCACUUAAAAAAGAGCGUAUAAACAAAUUCUAUAUUCUCUUGUAUAAAACUUAAAGAUAAACUGAA